AUGAACCAUCGCAUCUACAAGCCAGCUUCAACGUCCAUAGCAAUCCCCGAUGAAUUGAACGGAGUUCCAGAGAAGACAGAUAUCAUCAGUUUGAAGUUAGAAGAUGAAGAGGAUAGGAAGAAUAUCAGCAGGAACUCGCAGGCUAACAGGCAUGUUGUCAAGAUGUUAGUUGCUGUCGUGGUUGCGUUUUUCAUCUGCUGGGCCCCUUUUCAUGCUCAGAGGCUACUCGCCAUAUAUGGGGAGCACACUUCUCUGUCCAUCACAACUUUCGAAGUGCUGACAUACAUUUCGGGAGUGCUCUACUACCUCUCCACUACAGUCAAUCCACUGCUCUAUCACAUCAUGAGUCACAAGUACAAGGCUGCUUUUAAGGCGACAUACAAGCAUUUCUGCGGAAGCAGUCGCAGCCACCACGAUCACAAACGGCGCUGUCACAAUCACACAUCUCCAAACGCCUUAGCCGAAGCGAAUUCACAAACCAACACCAGCCCAUGGAGACAGAGAUGGCAAGUCUGUACAACGCUGGACGGCCAUUGGCUAUUUCCUAUAGGAGAGAGGUCCGUUCGCAACGGGACAACCAAUGGGAUGUUGCCGGAGACGCUCAGCAAGUUGUAA